UCUAAAUUCAUAGGACCUGGUUUGCUGAUAUAAAUUGUGAAUAUUGUUCUUGAGACUUACUGCAGACUGCUUUUGAGUUACAGUUUGAGGUACACUCAAAUGCUACAGCCAUGGCUGGACUUUGCUACUUUGUGCCUGACAACCCUUGUGCUAUGUCUGGCCAGUGCCAAAGCAACAUUAUGCUAAAUUAGAUGCACGGCUGAAUAGAAAGAAGCAUUGUGUUUUUCUGAUAAAUAUGGCAGCAGAACUAUCAACCUCCAUAAACAUCAAGGAGCCCAGGUGGGACCAGAGCACAUUUGUGGGUCGAGCCAAACAUUUCUUCACUGUCACAGACCCAAGGAACAUUCUCCUGACCAAUGAUCAACUCUCACAUGCACACAAAAUCAUCACUGACUACAGAAAAGGCGUCGUCUCUCCAGGUCUGACCGAAGAUGAACUGUGGAGGGCCAAAUAUGUUUUCGACUCGGCCUUUCAUCCCGACACUGGAGAGAAAAUGAUUCUGAUUGGCCGCAUGUCGGCGCAGGUUCCUAUGAACAUGACUAUUACCGGGUGUAUGAUGACCUUUUAUAAGACAACUCCUGCUGUGCUGUUCUGGCAGUGGAUCAAUCAAUCCUUCAAUGCAAUAGUGAACUACACCAACAGGAGCGGUGAUGCUCCAAUCACAGUUAGUCAGCUUGGCACAGCUUAUGUCUCUGCCACCACAGGGGCUGUCGCCACCGCUCUAGGACUAAAUGCACUAACAAAGCACGUCUCACCUCUGAUUGGACGUUUCGUUCCAUUUGCUGCCGUUGCGGCAGCUAACUGUAUCAACAUCCCGCUCAUGAGGCAAAGAGAGCUUCAGCAUGGCAUUCCCAUAACAGAUGAAAAUGACAACAGGAUAGGAGAGUCAACAAAAGCUGCUCAGCAGGCCAUCUCUCAGGUCGUGGUCUCCAGGAUCCUUAUGGCAUCUCCAGGAAUGGCUAUCCCUCCAUUUUUAAUGAAUCACCUGGAAAAGAAGGCUUUUCUGAAGAGGUUCCCAUGGAUGAGUGCACCCAUUCAAGUCAGCCUGGUGGGAUUCUGUCUGGUGUUUGCUACUCCUCUGUGCUGCGCAUUGUUCCCUCAGAAGAGCUCCAUGUCAGUCAGCCGCUUGGAGCCAGAGCUGCAGGAGAAAAUUCGGGCCAGCCAUCCGGGAGUGGAGCGGGUCUACUUCAACAAAGGGCUAUGAGCGCUGCCCCUCACCUAAAUACUGCCAUAGGUCAGCUGCAGACUCGGAACCUCAACGCUCUAAUUUCUGCUCCUCAUUCAGUGUGCCAAAGUUAGUUUUUCAUGUAAUAUUUCCAACAUUCACGUCCAAAUCUGGAGACUCCCUCUCAUCGUCAGUCAUAGUCAAGGAAAAAAAAUCAGGGCCAGAUGUUUGCUUUUUUCAACGUGAUUGUUGAUUUUUAGCAAAAAGAUUCUUGCACAGGGCCAGAUGAAAUGAUUUAAUGUUUCUCAUGACGGCUGUGUUGUGGCCCGUGUAAACUUGUUUGAAGUGAAAAAAAAUUUUCUGUGCAGUCUUUGGUUUCAGUUUGGUGACUUGUUGAUCAUUUGUUCCCAUGAAUUACUGUAUUUCAGGUUGGCAGACAGUUAUUAACCCACCGGCAUUAUAACUGAUUCAAAACCUUUUGCCAAAUCGGUACUGAUGCUUUUUAAAGACACAUCAGCAAUUACAAGAUCUUCACCUGAGUUCAUUUUGCCAAAGUGAUUUCAUUAAAACAAGCCUCUCGACAUCUAAUCGUCUAUCUUAAAAUGAUUCUCAUGGGAUCUGCCCUGUAGAAAUGUGAUGUAGCGAUGGUUGUUGCCAAUAAUGGGCCAACAUGGUGCUAUUGAUGUCUUAAUAAUUCGUGUUUAUCAUAUUAUAUUUAUUCUGCUUGCCAGGCAAGCACGAACAAAGCACUGCUCAUGUGGGAAUAAUGGAUUUAAUAUUUCAGCAAAGCACAUCUCUCUUUAUUCUGCUUAGCCAAAUUUUAAAGCUUAUUGAGAAUUGCUCGAUUUCUGUAAACAUUUUGCAAAUUCGGGGAAGUUUAAUCUUGUUUUUUUUAAGGUGUGAAAGCACAUUUAUGUAUUCAGCAGCAGAUGGUUAUACAGGUAUGCAUCAGAGAAGGCUCUAUGACAGCAUGAAAUAUGAGCUUUCCCUUCAUGAUUUUGUGGAAACAUCAGUAACAAAUUUUACAAGAAAAACGUUUCUUCUUGUUAGCAUCACAAACGUCAGGGUAUUUCAUUCUAAGUAGCACGUAAUUGAGAAAUGGGAGAAAAUCUGAAUAGUGUGGUGUUCAUUUGGAUUCAACCCCCUUUUGUCUAUCAUGUUUGGCAACCAACAGCUUUGCCCAUUCUUCUUCUCACAAUAGUUGAGGUUUAGCCAGAUUGGGUGGAGAGCAUCGCUGACCAUCGAUUUUCGAGUCUUGCCACCAAUUCUCAAUUUCAUUUAGAUCUGAACUUUGACUAGACCAUUCUAAUACAUGAAUAGGCUUUGAUCCAAACCACUUCAUUGUAGCUCUGACUGAAUGUGUAGAGUUGUUGUUCUGCUGGAAGGUGAACCUCUGCCCCAGUCUCAAGUCUUUUGCAGCACCUAACAGGCAUUCUUCUACAAUUGCAUCUUCUCAUCAACUUGGACCAGCUCCCCUGUCAGUGCUAUAGAAAGGGUUUCCCACGGCAUAAUGCUGCCACCACUAUGCUUCAGCAUAGAGAAAAGUGAUGUCCCGUGUUAGUUUUGUGCCACACAUAAUGUUAUGCAAGAAGCAAAACAGGGCUUCUUAUGGCUUUCUUCUUGCCUGUUUUUCAUAAAAGCCAGAUUUAGGUGUGGAGCCACAAGUAAUAGUUUCCUUGUCAACAGCCGUGGAUCUCUGCAGCUCCUCCAGAACUACCACUGUCCUUUUGACUGCUUCUAUGAUAAUUCUGUUAGUUUAGGUGGACAACUAUAUCUUGAACUGUGCCAGACAACUUUCAUUUUAAGAUGAUGAAAUAAACUUCUAAAGAUUUUCUUCAAGGUUUUUACAGUAAAGAGGGUUGAAUACAAAUGCAUGUUGCUCUUUGGAGACUUUUAUUCCGAACAUUUGUUCCAAACCACUUCUCAAUUAUGGUCUACUUAGUGUUGGUCUAUCCGACAAUCUCAUUCUCAGUCAAAUACAUUGAAGCCUGUGGUUGUAAUGUGACUUCUGGAAGGUACUGCAUUUAGGAGUUCAUUCCUGCUGUUCUGAGGUUUUAAAUGUGAUUGAUAGAUAAUAUAUGGAACAAAAUGAAAUAAGGAAGAAUGCCUAGCAGGAUGAUCUGUGUCAGUAUGAAAUCUCAGCUUUCCCUUCAUGAGUUUGAGGGUGUUUUAACAUGUCAGUGACAUGUUUUGCCCUACUGAGUCUGAAGAAUGUGAAAACUCCCAGCAAAAAUCUGCAGUCUCUUGCUCAAUGUUUUGUCUUUUGUCUCCAGUAAAAGAUAAAAAAAAACACUAACCCCACAGUUACUUGAGCUCACAGUAUAUCUGAGUUCAAACUUGGUUCAGCAGAUUGAGCAGUUUCACACUGAUGUUGCAUCAUGUCUUUCUCCUGCAUUCAGAUAACAGCUGGGUUUGGGGGCUGUUGGGGGUCUAACCUCUUCCCAGCAAGCUAUGCUUAUACAAGACUCAUCAUUAAACAUGUUUAAAAUCAGGGAUGACAGACAAUAAAAGAUUAACGUGAAGUUAGAAAACUCACAUGCAAUAUUAAUGCAAACGAAUCCAAUUUUUGGAACUUUAAAACUAACCUUUAGCUAUAUUUCUGUGCAGUGAGAUUGUGCCCCAUUUAUUACCGGUGUUUACAUUCCUAAAUGUCAAUUAAUCCACUCCUUUUGCAGCCCUUCCUCUUCAUGGUGUUUUAAUGUUUUCUAUAACCUCACGUAAAUUGUGAAGUGAGUACAUUUACUUUAGAUUGUGGGUGUUUUAAGGAAUUGCAGCAGUUCCUGGCUGAUUUGAAGCAAAGGUUGUUCUUGUUUUCAAGGUAACUGAAUGUAGCGCCAGGUGUUAAAAGAUGCGUUGUUCUCGAAAAGCACAAACAGAUGACAAAAUGCUGUGUAUUUUAAAAACUUUUUCAUCUUUGAUCCAAACAAUUUCUCUGUUUUAAUGGUUUAAUUUUAAACUGCAUCUCAUCAGAUUACGGCUUUUAAAUGUUAGGACUUUAACCCUCACAUUUUAGCCAAUACUAAGCAUCACCAUCAAAGUGAUUCAAAUGGACAUGAGGGGAAAAUUCGUUAACUGUUGAAUUAUUGUGACAAAAACCGUGAUUGUUCUGCAGUAACAUGGGUUGAUAUGACGUUAAAUAAAGCCAGCGAAAUGUG